CUCUACAAUAUCAUCAAAGGUAACUCCCGGCCGUCGCACCCAUUCGAACCGAACAGCCGCACUCUGGAUCACGGGAACACACGGAGAGUCCAAAUGAUAUGGCGUCGUUCGAAUCUCUGCAAGAGCGCCUCGCGGCACUCCAGGAAACGACAGAGCAGCUCCAAGAGCUCAUCGACCGCCUCGCAAACAUCAAGUUCCAGCCCGGAUCCGUGCCCCUAAGUUGCAGUGAUGAAGACAACGUCGCCGCUGAGCUCAGCACCGAGAUCGGCCAGAUUCUGCGCGAGGAAGAAGAGGACCUGGAGCUUCUCCAAGAAGAGAUCAUCGACCUGCGCUCCGGCCGGCCAGGAAGCGAAGUCGAGCACCGCAAAACGAGGCUCAAAGAGGGCGCAUAUCGUCUGCAAACCGAACUGAAGGACUGCCGCACCGCCUUCCGCAAAGCCCAGCUCUCCGCCCGCCGCAGCCUCGAAGCCGCCCAAAAGCUCGAGCGUGACCUCCUCCUCGCAUCAUACGCCGCUUCCGCGUCAGCGUCCGCGGCCUCCUCCACCAUCCUCAGCAAUCCCGACGUCAUCAGCGCCACCGGGGAGACCCCAAACCCCUCAUCCACCCCUUCUCCCACUCACCCACCCCGUUUAACCGAAGAAGAGGCCCGGGCCCGCCUCUUCACCCCGCGCGACCGACGCCGCCUCGCCAAGAAACAACAAAGCAACAACCCCUCUUCGCAAUCCGACGCCGUCACCACCUCCAACGACAUCACCCUCGCCCUGCGGCGCACCCACGCGCUCAUAGCAGGCGAGCUCUCCAAGUCGGCCUUUGCGUCCCAGACGCUCGCCGAGAGUACCGCGGCGCUGGCCGAGCUGCAAAAGUCGUACGAGGGGCUCGAGGGCCUGCUCGCCCGCUCGCGGGAUCUGGUCGGGACGCUGCUGACGACGCAGAAGAGCGACACGUGGUACCUGCAGGCGGCGCUCCGCAUCCUGUUGUGCACGCUCGCGUGGCUCGUCUUCCGCCGGUUCCUGUACGGCCCGCUGUGGUGGCUUGUCUGGUUGCCGCUGAGGACGGGGUGGCGGGUUACCAGGAUUGUGACUUCAUCGCAUAAUAAGGGAGGCAGCACCAAUAUGGAGGUGGUCGUGCCUGGCGAGGAGAGCGCAGCCACGGUUAUGGUUGGGGUUGGGGAGGAAGGGGCCGUGCCGACGGUGAGGGUUGGGAGGGAGAACGUGGAUGGAGUGGAUGAAGAAGACCCGGAUUCGAUGGUCGAGAAGGUUGGGAGGAUGGUGGAGGAUACCCUGAACCGGAGGGACGAGGAUGAAGCGAAUCGGACGGCAGAGGAUGGACUGGAAGAUCAGCCGAAUCCGAAGAAGAGGAUGUGGGAGGAGGAUGUUGGGCAAGUGGCGGGGAGGGUGCGAGAUGAGUUGUGAUUGGGACAUACUAUUACGAGCCUUGGAAGAUGAUACCCCCUGUUUCCCUGGUGAUGUUGGCCCGAUUGCUUUCCCAUGUUCCGUUGACAAACCAUUCGGGACGAAAGGGACAGAUGUGACAACAGGGUGCGAAUUAUUGAGUCUGUCGGCCUUGGUUUUAGUCCCUUUCAGCUUUGUUGAUUCAUGCCCCAGUUAUGAUGUUUUCAUAUUGUAUCCCAGAUUCUCAACGCUCCGUACCAAUCUGCUGUCCAAAUACGCCGCUCUGAUAUGCGCCUCGCAGAUAUGCCCUCGCUCAUUGCUCGACGCUUCAUCUCAUCUCAUAUGGCACAGUGACCCCAUCAUCUUCGUCGUAACAAGACCCCCAAUGCUAUGCCUCACCCGUCAUCAAUGUAUAAUAG